GUAAAGAUGGCGGACUUGUCGGGGACCGAGCUGUCAGAGGAGAAAGAGGCUGAAAUUGAGCUAAAGAAAAGACAGAAACGACCGUGGGAAGAUUUGCACAAGUCCGGUAAAAUCGGUCUGACACCGGAACUGCCGGAAACGUUGAGCUUUUACGAUAUUAGCGCUGUCAGGAGGGAGCAGCGGGAGCAGCCAGCAGAUCCGUCGUUGACACGCUUCAUUAGCGCGGAGCUCACCAGAGGCUACUUCCUGGAACACAAUGAGGCAAAGUACACGGAGCGCAGAGAGAGGGUCUACACAUGCAUGCGUAUUCCCAAGGAGCUGGAGAAGCUCAUGACCUUCGGCUUCUUCCUGUGCGUGGACGCCUUCCUGUACGUCUUCACGCUGCUGCCCCUCCGGGUGCUGCUGGCAGGGCUCCGCCUCCUCACCCUGCCGUGCUGUGGCUUCAGCGGGUCUCGGCUGCUGCAACCGGCGCAGGUGUGCGACGUGCUGAAGGGUCUGAUCAUGGUGCUGUGCUUCUCCAUGAUGCACUACGUCGACUACUCCAUGAUGUACCACCUGAUCAGAGGGCAGUCCGUCAUCAAACUCUACAUCAUCUACAACAUGCUGGAGGUGGCCGACCGCCUCUUCUCCUCCUUCGGCCAAGACAUCCUGGACGCUCUGUACUGGACGGCCACCGAGCCCAAAGAGCGGAAGAGAGACAGCAUAGGAGUCAUCCCUCACUUCCUGAUGGCCGUCUUGUACGUCUUCCUCCACGCCAUCCUCAUCAUGGUGCAAGCCUCCACCCUCAACGUCGCCUUCAACUCACACAACAAGUCCCUGCUCACCAUCAUGCUGUCCAACAACUUUGUGGAGAUCAAAGCGAACGUGUUCAAGAAAUUUGAGAAGAACAACUUAUUUCAAAUGUCGAACAGCGAUAUCAAGGAGCGCUUCACCAGCUACGUCCUCCUGCUCAUCGUCUGUCUCAGGAACAUGGAGCAGUUCUCGUGGAACCUGGACCACCUGUGGGUGCUGUUCCCCGACGUCUUCAUCGUCGUCACCUCCGAAGUCGCCGUCGACAUCAUCAAACACGCCUUCAUCACCAAGUUCAACGACAUCACCGCGGACGUGUACAGCGAGUACCGGGCCAGCUUGGCGUUCGAGCUGGUCAGCAGUCGGCAGAAGAACGCCUGCACAGACUACAGCGACUCGGUGGCCCGGAGGAUGGGCUUCAUCCCUCUGCCGCUGGCUGUCCUGCUUAUCCGGGUGGUCAUGACCUCGGUGAAGGUGCAGGGAGCUCUCUCCUACACGUGUGUGUUCCUCUGUUAUCUCGGGCUGGUGACGCUGAAAGUGUUGAACAGCAUCGUGCUGCUGGGGAAGUCGUGCGUCUACGUGAAGAGGGCCAACAUGGAGGACAAACUGUUCGAGAGGCCCGCCGCCGCCGCCACGCCGUCCUCGUCUGGGAAACCGCCCGGCCGAGCGGAGCAGGCCAGGUGUUCCACGCCGUCAGAUGAAUCCAAGAUGGAGCAUAACCCCGUCCCACCCUUCAGCCCACCACCACCACCACCGUCUGCCUCCUCUUCCUCCUCUUCCUCCUCCUCGGUGACCACCCAGCCGAGGCCCAGGACCGACUCGUUCCCUCCCCCGCCCGCCGCCGACCGUCCCUCUCCCGCUGCUCCGGCGAGCCGUCCCUCGACUCCGUCAGCGGAACAAGCCGCGCCGUCACUCCCCCGCGAGGAGGAAGAAGAGGAAGAAGAGGAAGCAGAGGAGGAGGGGCCACAAGGAGGAGCCUCCGAGCUGAGGCUCAGGACGCCCAACAAAGACCUGCUGGACAUCGACCGCUUCACCAUCUGCGGCAACCGCAUCGACUGAGCGGCGGCGGUCGAUGGACCAAUCAGGAGAGGCGGAGAGCCGGGGGGGGGGGGCUCUUCGAGUCGGCUUCCCUCGCCAACAGCGGCAGAACGUAUUUAUUUGAGUCCGUACUGGCGAUACAGUGAGUUCCUGUGAAUAUAAUGGAGACGACCCCACGGGUGUGGAGGCCGGAGGUCGAGAGAAAAGACACUAAAGAAGAAGAAGAAGAAGAAAGAAGAAAGAGACAAAAAAAAAACUUUAGCAGAGAAAGACUGCCAUGUAUGUGUGGGGAUGGUAUUUGGAGUGAGUGUGAAACGGUGAAUGUGAGAGCACACAAGCACUUCCUGUCUGAGGCACUUCCUGUCUGAGCCUCGUCGGAACCAGGAAGAGAGAAACUUCUCAGUUCGCUCGGCAGCCAGAAUUUCAAACUUCCUUUUUACACCCCGAGUCAUAUUUUCAUCGCCUCACGAGUGUUUCCCGUUUCACCUGAUUAAAAAAAAAAAUGUGUUAUGGUUCUUUUUUAUAAAAAUAUCUGCUGUCAUCUAAAUUUAUUUACUUUUUUUUUUUUUACAUACGUUUUUUUAAAUCCGACACUUAAACAAUUCAACGGAGAAAUAGACAAUCUGGAAUUGGAAAGGUGUCUAAAAGGUUCCUUCAAUAGUUCCUAAGCUGAAGGUCACGACCUUUGCAGGGAGUGAGAUGCAGUUGGUUGUUCACAAGGUGAACAGGGAAGCAAAGAAUAAUAGUAUAUAUAUAUAUAUAUAUAUUAAUGCAUUCCCGAAAUGAUGUUUAGCUGGACUUGUCUUGUGACUUCAUCUUUUUCAGGUACUCAAAUUUUAAAAGGGAAGUAGACAAAAAAAACACACACCACUGGUUUGUUUUAAAGGUGACCGUCACACGGAAGUGACCUAUAACUAGCCUUUCGUUCACACACACACACACAGUCAGUGCACACAACUUUAACAAGCUGCCGGUGAAACCUCUGCUCAAAUGUUUAAAUCCGAGAAAAUAGAAGCAAUAUUUCCAAAAAACAAAAUGCCUUUUUAUUUAUUUGCGCGUGUGUGUGUUUUACGUUACAAGUGGCCUGACCUUGAAAUUUUUUUUCAUAAUAAUCGACUCGUACAAUUUGUACAGAAUCAAGUGUAAAAAUCAUCUAUUAUUCUCAACAUAUCGGUUUCCAUCAGCCAAAUAUUGAAUGUAUUCCACAACUCGAAUGUCUGUCGUUGCAAUCAGUGAAUAACGUUCGUCGUGCAGCACUUUACAUUUUGCAUAAAGUUAUUUUACAGACACAGUUUCGUGCAGCAGGCCGAGUAUUUUUGGCAGAACUAUAUUAGACAAUCCUGACAAAUAAUCUGGGUUAAAGUCCCGUCACACCUAGUUUACUUUCCGCUGCGUUAAUCUCGCCUAAUUUAACCUCGAGUAGAAGAAAGAUUUCUACAUGAUGUAAACACAUCUCCAGUUGUUUGUUUCUGUUUAAAAUGUUCAUUAUUGUUGAAAUAAGGAAGAUCUUUCUAUUCUCUUUAUUGUUUUUGGGAGGGGGAGCUGCCAGUUGUGAUGUGAAAUCUGACUCCUCAUCAAUACUCUGUGUGGGUUUUUGGUCUCGUCUCCACCGGCCCGGAGCUCAGUCUCGAUGUGGUCUGUCAGAGGGGUCCGGAACCAGGACCUGGACCACAGCUGGACCCAGCCGGGUUGGGGGGGGGCAGUGAAGUGUUCUUAUGCCGGCUUUGCUACUUCAGUUCGGUUCCUUUAUUUAAUUCCUACCUCGAUACUGUAUUAAAAUGCCCCCUUUUGGAAUAAUAAAAGUUUACUAUCUUU